AUGAGGCCUGCAAAUGACCAGAACCAGAAUCGCCGGGUGAGGCAGAGAAUUACUCUCGCCUGCAAUGGCUGCCGGUUAAAGAGAACCAAGGCACGAUUAGCAUGUCUCGAGGAGCGACUGGCAAUCAGGUCAACCGCCCCUCGAGGCUCAUCCGGAGAGAGCGGGACUGUAUCCUUAGAAAUUCAAGAGCAAUCCGCAACAUCGUCCAUACCGCGGUCGAGCACCUUAAAGACCGCCUUGGCUGGGAAGCCGGCUGCAACAGAAACUGUUGACGAGCUCACUGAUAUCUUAGGAAGCUUUACUCUUGGUGAUGCGGGUGAGUUGCGAUAUUUCGGAGCAGCCAGCAACUUUAGUUUCAAUCGAAACCUUUCUUUCAAAGAGACGUCCGCGAUAAGCGCCCGAAUGCUAGGUAUCGAAUCAGCUCGGCAGUUGAAUGGUCUAGAAAUCUCGGACGAUCUGCGUGAUCACCUUCUCGGUCUAUAUUGGCGAUGGCAAAAUUCCUGGCAGUAUCUCGUACCCCAGGAAUCCUUUCUUCACGAUCUGCACAUCGAGAAGUCUGGUCGAUUUUGUACCCCUCUUCUUCUCACCGCCAUGCUUGCUUAUGCAUCUCGAUACUCUGAUCGACUUGAGCUAAGGACGGACCCCACGGAUCCAAAUACCGCAGGCAUGAUGUUAUACACGCAAGCGAAAACAAUGCUUCAUUGUGAAUUUGAAGCACCUACAACCUCAACGGUACAGGCGGCAGGGUUGCUUAGCUUAUAUUCUGCUGCUAUGGAUAGAGAAUCUCUCGGGUGGUUGUAUGUUGGUAUAGCAUCCCGUAUAGCUAUCAACUUGGGACUGCAUUCGGAUUGCUCAGAAUACGUCCGGAAAGGUAUUUUAUCACCAGAAGAUGCCGAUGCACGCAACGUGGCCUGGUGGGGAAUCUAUGUCCUAGAUCGACUCUUUGGCCUUGGGUAUGGAAGGCCUGGAUGUAUUCAAGAAUGUAAUAUGUCCGCGCCAAAACCCUCAACUUCUUGCGACAACAUCUCCCCUUGGCCGCCUAGUAUCAAAACAAGAUGUACCCCACCCUUCUCAAGCUCGCAUAUAUCCAUAAAUUCCAUUUACACAUGUGAGCUAUUUAACAUUACAUCGGAAGUUCACGAUCAAUUGUACUCCCGACGUCCUGGUUGGACCAUCUCAGAGAGAGAGGAUCGCAUCAUGCAAACUCAUCUGCGACUCGUUGAAUUUUAUGAUCGACUACCAAAGAUUCUCAAAAUCUCAACCUCUUCACUUAAACCUGCAUUGCCGCAUGUAUACCAACUACAUAUUCAGUUUCAUGUUGCGAUGAUAUUACUACAUCGUCCGUUCGCUCGAGGAUUCCGCCGGAAACCAAGCGGAGAAAUUGAUGAACCAGAAAGAGAAGACGAUCAAGAAGAUAUCCACACCGCUUCAUGCAGAGUAUCUGCUGAGAAGAUGGCAAACAUUUUCCGUAUUUAUCACUCUAACUACAACCUUCGCCAUAUACCAAUUUCUGCCGUUCAUUCCGCAGUUACUGCAGCGAUCAUUCAUCUUGUGAAUGUCAGACGCCAGGGAUCGCAAUCACAGAGCAAAGCGAUGCAUUGUCUGAAAAUCCUGAUCAAGAGUUUGUACGAUAUGAAUGUCACGUGGAAUUGGAGCAACAGAUCCAUCAGAUCUAUCGAAUCACUGGCGGAAGAGUGGAAGGUGGAUAUUUGGGGUACUGGCUUGGCAAAGGAAAUUGACCCCGCGUCAUUACUGUCGUUUCAAAGAUAUAAAGGAGAAAUUCCGGUCGAGCAAAGACAUGGGACCGAUGCUGAACCGACAGGCUAUGGUACCGGUGAAAACUCAUUCGAGGCUGCGUGGACUUCUGAUCCCAAUUUCAAUUUUCUGGGGGUAGGCCUAGAGCCGACAUACUCUAGUGGAAAUGACUGGUUGGAUUCAAUUUGCUGA